AUGGCCUCGAAAACCAGACCCCCGAUUUCGAGGCUCACUGACAGGACUUGGCUUGUCUGCUCGGUUAUCGAUGGAUCCAAUCGUCUUGUCGCGACGGAAGCUUCUAGUUUGACAAUUUUUUUUCCCUCUUCGACUCGCACCCAGUGGCCUUCUCGUCCUGCCUACCUUUGUGCCUUCCGUACACCACUCCCCUCCAGCCUCGAUUCCAGUGGACCGUCCUGGAAAAUGUCGCUGGUGUCGGGCCCUGGCAGAGGUGGCGGGGGAUCUCCGGAUCAGCAGGAGCUUUUCGUACAGAAACAUGUGGACUACAUCAGGAGUCUAGACACUCGGAGAGAUGAGCUGGAAUACUGGUUGACUGAGCAUCUGCGGCUCAAUGGCGUCUACUGGGGCUUGACGGCCCUCCACCUUCUCAACCAUCCGGAGGCACUGCCCCGCGACGAAACCAUCGCCUUUGUUCUCUCCUGUCAGUGUGAGAAUGGCGGAUUCGGAGCCGCGCCCGGCCACGAUGCUCACAUGCUAUACACCGUGUCGGCCGUACAGAUCCUCGUCACCAUUGAUGCGCUCGAUGAGCUGGACCGACAGGGCGGGAAGGAAAAAGUCGGAGCGUUUAUUGCCUCCUUGCAGGACCCCGAGACCGGCACAUUCAAGGGGGAUCAAUGGGGUGAGACCGAUACCCGUUUCCUCUAUGGUGCUCUACUUGCUCUGUCGUUGUUGGGACUUCUGGACCGAAUCGACCUCGAGAAGGCCGUCUCCUACGUCCAACAGUGUGAGAACCUCGAUGGAGGAUACGGCGUGCGUCCCGGCGCCGAGUCUCAUUCAGGUCAAGUGCUUACCUGCGUGGGUGCCUUGGCCAUUGCUGGGCGUUUGGAUCUGAUCGAUAAGGAUCGGCUGGGCGCCUGGUUGAGUGAGCGGCAGCUCGAGAAUGGGGGAUUGAAUGGGCGUCCAGAGAAGCUGGAGGACGUUUGCUAUAGUUGGUGGGUGGCUGCCAGCUUGGCAAUGAUCGGACGACUCCACUGGAUCGACCGCGACAAGCUUGCUGCAUUUAUUCUGCGCUGCCAGGAUCCGGAAGGUGGAGGUUUUGCCGACCGACCAGGUGACAUGGUCGAUGUCUUCCACACGGUAUUUGGCAUAGCCGGUCUCAGUCUUCUCGGCUAUCCAGGCCUCAACGAAGUAGAUCCUGUGUAG